AUGGCCUGUAGUCCACCCCCCAAUUUCUCUUGGGUCGAACCUAAAAAGUUGGCAGGACUGGCUCUUCCCCGAAUGACUGCCCACUACCAAUACCUUCUGGACAAUGGCAUUCAACACCUGGUCUGCUUGUGUGAGAAAAAACCUCCCAACUAUGAUACCGUCCCAGGAGUGAAACUACACCACAUCAAUAUAAUAGACUUCACCCCACCAACUCCAGAACAAAUUCAGAGGUUUCUGUCUAUUGUGGAGGAAUCGAACGCUAAAGGCGAGGGUGUAGCUGUUCACUGUAUGCAUGGCCAUGGGAGGACAGGGACCAUGUUGGCCUGCUAUCUGGUGAAGACCAGGAAGAUCUCAGGCAUCUCAGCCAUCAAUGAGAUCAGAAGACUACGUCACGGCUCUAUUGAGACACACGACCAGGAGAAAGCAGUGGUGCAGUUUUACCAGCGCAUUAAAUAACUUUGUUUGUUUAAAUAUUUUACGUUUAAAUAAUUUUAAAGGGGAAAUCAACUUGUAUACCUGUACUGUACACAUCUAUAACUUGAUCAAUUGAAGUGGCCAAAUUUGAAAAGGGCCCACAUUUUAUAUAUUGUAGCUGUAUUUCUUCUUUAAAGCUGCUACUCAGGUUUGGAACUACACAUGUAUUUUUUUAGGAGUGACUAUAUUUAACUCUAGGAAGGUGUCCUGAGUUGUAUGGGAAGAAUACGGUACAUCUAUAAUGUUAACCAUGACCGCUGUGCCUCUGCAUUGCUUACUCUUUGGAGUUUUAGGCUGGGUAUCUAUAAUGCACUUUGUGUCAACUGCUGAUGUAAAAUGGGCUUUAUAAAACACAUUUUAUUGCUGUUGUAAAUUUUGCCAAAAAUAACCAUUAAUUUAUUACAAAAAUGCAUUAAUUGACCUACCUAAGUUUUGAUUGAGUUCAAUUAAACAACACUCAUGCAAUAAGCAUUUGUGACUCACCA